UGGCCAACGGCUAUUUCAUCCCUUGUCCCUGAAUAUCACAAGAAUGCAGACAGACGAGCCAUGGAAACAGAUGCCAUGAAAUGACACGCUGCAUCCAGUGUGGGUUAUGGAUGUCAGGAUUCUAGCAUUUUAUUGAAUGCUUAAGUUAAAGCAGUCAUUAUUUUUAGCGACUCCUGUUUUUCCGACAGACAAAAUGUCUGCCGCGAACUGAGUGAAAGUCCGAUCUUUAUGAAGAGCACUUGAAGGAGGCUUGUGUGCGUCGGCGUUGCCAUGGUUGCAUUGCUGUGGAGAGUACUGACAAAGGACACCAGUGUUUGAAAGUUACCACAUAGAUGAUCAGCUCUUCAUGAAGCACACUGUCCACCUACAACAUAAACAUGGAGAUAGGACUCAAACAUGAAGAGGUGUGUCAAGUGUUGAAGACUGAGCAAGAGAAGCAUCCUUCUCCAAGACGAGCAGUUCAUGCCAGCCAGUGGGACUCUGUGGAGUCCGACACUGAGAGCUUGGCCCAGGAGAGAGCUUACAAACAGCAGCAUGGAGAUGUAGAGGAUGAAGAUGCAAAUGUUGAUGAAAGUCUUCAGGUUUAUGAUAGCCUUGAAGUAGCAGCACAGCCCCAUGCCAAGAGAAACAGACUGUUACAGACUGCAUAUUCGGAUACACAAAUAGAUGAGAGAAAAGGAACAAGCCCGCUCUCUGAUGACGCCUAUUCUGACCUGCGCUAUGAUCCCAACUGGAGGACCAACCUGAAGGGAGCCGGCCGCUUCAAUGACAGUCCGCAGAUUUCCGUUGAGGAAUAUUACCAAGUCCCUAAAGAGAAAUACAUGGUCAACUCAAGCCCAGCUCUUGUGGUGACCCAUCAUAUGGCUGACAUUGAGUCUAACCAACCGAACCGCCUUCACCCACAAGAUGGUCAGACUAGCUCAGUAACAUCUCCCCCCUGUCACAACAAUGCUUUUCAACUUAGAUUACCCAAUGCUGACUUUUCAAGGCCACCCGGCAUGUUCACUAAAAAUGAAAGUGACAACACUUUACAGAGAGAAUUCAGAGAGAAUCAUGAAAAUAGCUGUUAUAAUGCUGAUGAAAGUAUUAGCAGAUUUCCUGAGCUGACAGAGGAUAUACAUGCUGUGUACAUCCAAAAAUUUAAGCAAGACCUGAGACUCACACAAGGAAGACCCACUCAAACACAGCAAAUAAAUACGGCCACAUUGAAGAGUCCUGAGGUUUUAUUGAACAAAAAGCUAGAAAGACCCAUAGAGGACAUAGUGGAACGCAACAAAAUAACCCUGGGGCGCAACACAUCCAAAUGUGGUUCAUAUGUGAUGGUGCAUGCACUUAAGCAGGAGGUGCCUCAUAAUGUGAAGAAGGAGCAUGAAACUCUUAAGGAGACAGCCAGCACAGAAAGUCAAGAGGACAGUUCAGACCCCAAGCUGAGGUGGCUCCACAAAACACAGCAGCUGAGGGUCACCCAGAUCAGCGAAGGGGAAAAAGCCCAGCGGAAACAAUACCCCAACCGCCCUCAAAAGCAGCCCCCCGCCCCAUGGGUCAGAGCUGAACAGGGAGACUGUCUGAGCUCCCCAUUAGCAAGACCAGCUGCUGAAACUCACCCGAAACCUCUGAAGACGACUUCAUCACAGCCUUUGCCCCCCACCAUCCUCCUGAACAUCAACCUCAACACUCCCUCCCAACUACUUCCAUUACUCCAGCAGAAGGGCCAGGAUGCCAUCAUCAACUCAACAUCUCUCCAUGGUUGGCCUCACUGCAGCCCUGUGUCUGAUGCUGCACUUGCAUUGUCUCCUGGAUAUCAACAAACAAAACCAGGAAAUUCCUCCCAGGUUUCUUGGAAAGGAGUAAAUGACCGCAAUGACCGCAUAAACCUGGAGAGUUCCCCUGAACAAUGGCAAAGGACCUCUGCAUUAAAGUGGCCGGAUGAGGUUCACACUAAGCACUUUACAAGAAACGUUCCGAGCAAACCCACCACCACUUCGUCACUGGGCCCGGGCUCUUACACAGUUCUGCCCCCUAUAGGAAAGCCAAUGACAGUGAGAGAGCCUGAGUUAAGCCCUGAUCAGAGUACGAACACAGCCUACCCCAUUCAUAGAAGCAGCUCUGAUGGAUACCUGGUUCAGAUGGAGAAGCAGAAGCAGCUGAGGAUGAGAGUCACUUACAAGGCAUAUAGUCUUAAAGACUACAAGCAGCUGAAGUCUGAUAUAAACCUGCGAGGCCUGGGUCCUGACUACACAGCAGCUGAAAAGACAAAAAUGAAACGACAGAGGCUGUAUUCAAAUGUGAUCCGCGAGCAGAACAAAAAGAUAAGUAGGAUUCCCUUUCUAUCGGCCAAGGACCCGGAAGGCAAUGACAAGAAAGUUCCCAGGAUGAAGGCCUUGGAAUAUGCCAAGACCAUAGCCAAACCCCCUGUACAGCCAAAACAGAGACAGAAACACCAGUCCAAAGGCUUCGCUGAUCACGCUCCUUACUUGGAGGGCUUGGACGGGUCCCAGGCCACACUGGAAGUCCUUAGAAAACGACAUGAACAAGAAAAGCAGGAUGUGGCUCUCUUCAGAAAAGUUCAUGCGGUCUGAGGCAAGGUGUAAUUCAUGUGAGCAGUCGUGAAACCCAUGCCCAUAUGUCACAUAUAUUUGUACUCCAAGAUGUAGGACACAACGUGCUGUCUCAUAACAUUUGCUAGGCCUAGUGUCACAUCAAAAAAUCAUUACUACAUACAUUUUCACACAGUUUUCAACAUCAUUAGCAAAAGAUACAGCUUUUAACAUUGUGUGUCACCAGGUCAGAUUUGAGACAAAUGUUGAUAGAGGAUGCUGUUCUGUCAGCACCAACAGACACAAAGCUUUCACAAAGUUUCUGGUUAUAGUAGAUGGUUAAAAUAGUGAAAGCCUGGUUCUAAAAACAUGUUUUUCCUUUAUAUUUACACCAAAAAAUAUUGUAAAUCAACAAAAACAAAUGUACACCUAUUUUGCAACAGGAAGUUAACAUGGUUUUAGCUGAGGAACACACGCCACUGAGUUAAGAUAGGAACUAAUAACUAUAUUAUAACUAACUAUAUAAUAACUAAUUUCCUUUAAGGUAACUAUCAAGAUUUUACAAACAAUGAAUAUAUACAUAUAAAUAUAUAUAUAUUUUAAUGUAUGAACUCUACAAUGACACUUAUGGAAAAACAACCUUUACUAUUCACAUUGUUCCCUUUUAUUGAUGUUAUCUUCAAUGUUUUUUUGGUAACAGUUUAUGUCAUGAUGACAUUGUGUCCUGUCUUGUAGAGAUAUUAGGUUGUGAGCACUUUCGCCAAGCAAAGAAAGUACUUUGAUUGCCUCCCUCUCUGUGUGCUUUCAGUGCCUAAGCAUGAUUAUAGCAAGUGGAUAGCUAAUGUUGCACUCCUGCAAAACCCAGCUUUGGCCCUGGACAUUGAUUCCUUGUUUCUCUCAAUGUCUGGCUUCUUGGAAUGGAUUACACAAAUAUCAAAAAUGUUUCUUGUUUGUCACCCGUAUUCUUACAGUGGUCAGUGUGCGUGCUUGAAUCUUGGCUGGAGCCACAAUAUCCAGAUUUUGGUCAGCCUGAGUGGAACAGUGUUUUUACACUCCCACCAAGACAUUAGAAAAAGUUAAAUUAGUGAAUAUGUAUGUAUCUGAUAUUUUGUGUUAUUGUCUUCACUACUGCCCUGAUGAAAUUAAGUGGGCGUAGUAUGUCACAGUGACACUGAGCAACAAUUAUACAGUCCGCUUCCAGCUAUCCCAGAACACCCCCCCCCAAUUACACCUGGUUUCACUGUUUAACCUACAAUAAUCCACACACUCUUUGUUGUGGGUUUGUUUUUUUUCCUUCCUCUGCUUAAGCGUCUAGAAAAUCCUGCUCAAAUGAUGGAUGGCACUUUGAAGCUCACCUGAUUUGGUCCUAGUCCUACAUUUUGUAGCCAUUUUCUAAGUAGUAACUCCUCCCCAACACAACACUCUCAAGCAGCCCAUUUUACUAAUUGAACCCUCAGAUCAUUAUCAAAGCGCUAUUUACCUCUGUGCAAUAUUUUAAUUAGAUUAUAGUCUCUAUUUAACCCAUCAUGGACUCUUUGAAGCUCUGUGUUUUUAGUGUUAAGUCCUCAGAUGCGCGGCUGGAAACAAAUGACAGAGCCCUUUUCAAUUUAAUGAGAAAUGCUCCCUAUCCAGACUGAGUCUCUUUGCAUCUUUUUUAGGUCCCACCUACUCGUUUUUUGCCAUUGAAAUCUAGUUAAUUGAAGGAGUCUUUCAGCGCUAUACAUGAAGGGGGCCAAAUUAGCAUCCCUUUCUGCCCAUUGGGAAGCUAAGGCAGACGUGGAUGCUUUGAUGUGAGAAGCACGCUUUCAGUAGGCGGCAGGCUUCCUGAAAAUGAGCUGAUGGCCCUGCUAUUAGGCCCAAAUGCAGAUGCGUCCAUGUGUUGCAAAACGCUUAAUCUUUUAAUUGAUCACCUUCUGCAUGGCCUAUUCUGCGUCUAGUUCUUUCUUUCUGCCUGUUAAUCAGAAUCCCAUUUUGACAUGAAUUGCUUUUCCAAAGGCAGGAAAGGAUGGCAAACCCAGUGCGAAGGACGAGAGAGGACAGCACAUUAUUGUGCAAAUGCCCCAUGAGAGAUUCAACUUGUGGUAAAAUGAUUGAAUACAUGUAAUAAAAGCUGUUUUAAGAUUCUAAA